AUGUCUAAUUUGCAAUGGCACCGAAAGUGCUCACUCCCAUGUUUCCGCGAACAUCGCGAUAAUCACCCGCCCAUGGAAUCCUCUCCAUCUGUAGAAUCAGUGGAUACCGUCAAGUCUGAGGAUACGUUGCAGAACUCCACACAUAUUAAUGAGACUGCAACAGACCAGCCUGCUUCUAAGGGCUCCGAAAUUGCCGACAUGCCAGAGUACAGAGAGUUGACCAGGAAGUACCCAAACUUGGAGCGUUUACUUUGGAAUAUUGCCGCAGCCACAGACCCUCCAGCUGCUAACAGUAAUAGCAAUGGAAAUCACAAUGCAUCAAGCAGUUCCAACAAGGGUGGCCGUAAGGCCGCCCAACCCUGGACGAAGGAAACAGGCUACGAGAAUGGUAUAGAGGUGCUCCGUCAAACUCGAGAUACCCCUGGAAGCGAUAGAGACGCUCUUAGGGAGUAUUGUGAGCUGGUUCGGCUCUACAAUUUUCGACGAGAAUCUGCCGAGAUAGACCUCGACCUUAGGCAGCAGCUUGCUCGAGACAACGCUAGAGCCAUUGGAGAGCUCAUACGCACCGAAAAAGCAGACGCAUAA